GAGGGCUCGCGUCCGUCUCUCUCUCUCUCUCUCUCUCUCUCUCUCUCUGUCAGUAUAUGUGUGUGUGUGUGUCCGUCGGUAGGUUCCUCGGUGUGUGUGUGUGAGCUCGGUGUUCCGCUCAUCAUGUCCUCCGCGGGAGCUGCGUGUGGACCGGAUCACGGCAGCUCUGUUCCCGCGUCCUGCGCCUCAAACCCGCGAAAGUUCAGCGAGAAGAUCGCGCUUCACACACAGAGACAAGCGGAGGAGACCGCGGCGUUCCAGGAGGUCAUGAUGGACCUCACCUCCACCCGGAUUCAGGCGCAGAAGGUCCGCUUGACCAGAACUCAGGGUCAGUAUUACGGCGGAUCUCUGCCCAACGUCAACCAGAUCUGCAGGAACGCCUCGGAGCUGCAGGGCUCGUAUCACUCUCCGCUGGACUCCAGUCGCUCCACACGGCAUCAUGGUCUGGUGGAGCGUGUUCACAGAGACAGACACUUCAUCUCUCCCAGCAGACCCUACAGGAGACAAAUGGACAGCUCUCACAGCAGCUCUGUGUAUCUGUCUCCGCCCCCUGACCCCAGCUGGAGAAGGAACUGGAACAGUAGCUUUGAGACGGACAAGAGCCAGAUAUUCCAGCAGCUGCCGGCCACAGCGCUCAACAGGACUAACUCGGACUCAGCGCUGCACACCAGUGUGAUGAAUCCUCCAGCUGGAGAUCCGUUUGCAGCAGGCCUCUCGGCGCCAGGCAGACGGUCCGUCUUCUCGUAUCCUGCUCCCAUCGAGGAGAACAGCCCUGAUGACGCACGCCUCAAACCCUGGGACUCCAGGAAGCUGCCGCUGCUCUCUUCACGACCAAAGUCCUGUGAGGUGCCUGGGAUCACUGUGUUUCCGUCUCCGGACCAGCAGGGCGGCGUUCCUCAUGGCCCAACAGUGCUGAAUACAGGUGGCUCUCUGCCGGAUCUGUCCAGCCUGCACUUCCCGUCCCCGCUGCCAACCCCGCUGGACCCGGACGAGCCCGGAUACCUGUCUCUGAGCGGCGGAGGAAGCACGGGGAACCUGACCUGCACCCUCACGCAGCUCGGCAUCCACAGCCCCAGCGGCUUCCACUCCACAGGUCUGCUGGCGUCUCUACAGGGUGCGUCCAGUAACCCCUCCCUCCAGUCAUCACUUAGCAACCCCAACAUCCAAUCGUCUCUCAGCAGCCAUUCGUUCCACAACUCACUGAGCUCCGCCUCCCUGCACUCGUCCCUGAGCAACCCCUCCCUCCAGUCUUCGUUAAGCUCCUCCCCCUCACUGAGGUCAUCGUUCAGCAGCCAAUCGCUGCAGUCGUCUGUCAGUAACAGCACUUACACCGCUCCGGGCUCCUUCCCUCCGCAGAUGAACACGUCCCCGCGCAGACGAGCGCAGCUGACCCCUGUGACCCUGCCUCCAGACACACGCAGACAUCACCCCAAACAGUUCUCACCCACCUCCUCCACCCUCAGCUCCAUCACACAGGGUGUGGCUCUGGAAACCGGUCGGCUGCAGAUGGAUCAGAGGUUUUCUCCGUAUUCUUUCGGACCGCAGCAGGUUCAUGCGUUCGGCCCGUCGCCGCAGACGCUGCAGCUUCACCUACACAACAUGCAGAAUCUGCACAAGACGCAGAACUUCCAGAUGCAGUGGCCGAACCCCGGUCAGAACCAGAACCCAGACGCGUCACAGCCGCAUGCACAGGCCCAGACGGAGCCGCAGACGGCACAGACCCUACAGCAGAUCAGACCGGCUCUCAGCGCAGAUCUGGACCUGUACAGCGACACGAUGUUCCUGAACUCUCUGCUGGACGACACAAACCUGGGCCUACAGAUACGCCAGAACCAGAACCUGAGCCAGCAGUUGAGUCUGGACUCUCAGCUGGAGGCUCUGAAUCAUGACUGUGGUUCUUCUGCGGUUCUGAAGGCUCAGAGCGGCUCGUAUCAGGGUCAGUCUGCGCUGCUGGAGAUGCUGGACUCCUCCGAACAACAGACGAGCAACCAGAACCAGAACCAGAGCUACACUGACGGGCGGCACGCCGUGCCCAACAUCAUCCUGACCGGUGAUUCUCCGUCAGGUCUGUCGAAGGAGAUCGCGAGCGCGCUGUCGGCCGUCCCAGGCUUCGAGAUGGACUCGUUCUCUGCAGACGAGCCGCUGGCGCUGGAGGCUCUGGGCAUGCUGUCAGACGGGGACCUGAUGCUGGCCGACCCCGCCGUCGAGGACUCCUUCCGCUCAGACCACCUCAAGUGACUCGGAGAGAGUCGGCGAGUGUUCGGACGCAGACGGAGAUGUGCAUGUGCCACUCUGGGUUGAGCGCCGGCAGGUCAUGUGACCUGGCUCUUAGCCGCAUGCUAACGAAUGCACUUGUGCACAUGCGCUUAAACUGUGAGCUUCUGCCCUUUAAUUCUACGCUUCAAAGCCGCACCAUCCACUUCCUGUUACAGAUAUCGCUGACACGUGCCUCCACCGAACACUUCUCAGGUGCUUCAGUCCCAGCAUGCACUGCACCACACCAGGAUAAUACAGAACCUACACAGACGCUUAAGAGUGACGUGAGUCAUCGUUUCGUUCCAUCUGUUUGAGAUGUCAGUGUCUGUCUCAACCAAUCAUGUGAGUCAUGGGCGGGGCUAUCAGGCUGACUGACCAAUGACAGACAGAGAAAUACUCAGGUGAUCGUUUGAUUUAAUGUGGCUGUGUUCAGA